ACCACUCUUCCCGUUCUACCACCACUAUCCUUUCUCACCCUCUGUUCAUUGUCGUGGUCGUCGCCAACAGCGCAUACAGCGACGACGAGGACCGGCACAUAUAUCUCCUCCAAUACAAUCGCCCUUGAGGAUGUCCUCCGACCAAAAACAAUCCCGCCUCAAUCAGCGCCAUUUCGGCGUAAAAGCUAGAGUAUGGGUCCUUCUCGGUCUCUUCAUCAUCGUCAUUUCGCUCCUUCAUUACAUACUGCCCACCGCGCAAACAUCGAAGCCGUAUACUACGGUUAACCUCAAGUCCAAGAAUUAUCUCAAUAACACGCAUGCAGAACCAAAUCCAUUCGAAUUUUGCCCUGUCUACGGCCCUGGCGACGCCAUCGGUGCCAAAUACGGCGCUCUCAAGCUCUCGCAAAGCAGAAUGCAUCUAGGCAGCAGCGCGAGGGUCAAUAGAGUUAUCAAUAGAGCGCUGGCAGGCCAGCCUGUCACCAUUAGCGUCCUUGGGGGUUCAGUGUCUGCUUGCCAUGGUGCUGGAGAUGACCCUGUAGCCCCCAGAUGCUACCCUUCGCGCUUUUUCCAGUGGUGGAAUUCUGUUUUUCCUCACCCGGCCUCUGAACUUACGAACGGCGCCAUGCGACGGACAAAUUCCGCUUACUAUGGCUACUGCAGCAUGCACCACAUUCCAGACGUCACUGACCUUAUCAUUGUCGAGCUCGACUCUGACGAUCCUGCCAACAAGGAGAUGAUGGAACACUUCGAGACUCUUAUUCGCUCCCUCCUCAUCCGCCCCGAUCAGCCGGCAGUUAUUCUUCUCGGGCACUUUAGUCCACAAGUCCAUGAAUCCAGCGGUUUCGCCGGCCCAGACCACUGGCACAACGUGGUCGCUCAGUUUUACGACGUUGCACACAUUUCGACCAAAUCAGCGCUCUACUCCGACUAUAUGAGCGACCCUGAAAGUGUUUCCAAAUAUUUCGUCGACCCAAUCCUUGCCAGCCCACUUGGUCACGAACUUCUCAGCGACGUCCUCAUCGCCUAUUUCCAGGCGCAGAUCUGCUCUGCUUGGGCUGUCGCCACCGGAAGCUCCUACGACACCGUGCCUAACAGAUUAGAUGAAAAUGGCGGGCUCGGCGAUGUCCAUGGAUUGUUUGGCGGAGUGGGUCAGCGGAAAGGAGUACCGGAGCCUGGAGACGAGGGCAAGGAAGAAGUUGACGCCGAAGGAAACAGGGUCAAGCCUCAGCUGCUUCCGCCUACCAGCAACGCGUACGUUCCUCCGCUCCACGUCCCUCCUGGUAGGAUCAACACACGUCCCAAGUCGGACGUGCCGUUCGAGGAAAUUGCGCCGUACUGUGUUAGUGCGAACGAUCUCAUCAAUCCACUUCCUCCAUCGCUGUUCUAUGGUUCCGGAUGGUACUCAGCACACCCGCAGACCGGUAGUGGCGCCAUGCAGGCCACAAGUCAUUACUGGCACUCUUCAUUACCAUUGAGCAAGAUUAGGAUCCCCAUACAGGUCGGCGCGGGUGAUAUUGGGAUAUACUAUCUUCAAGAACCAACGUCCUCUGUUGGAGCAGGAAGUGCGGUGGAAUGUUGGGUCGACGACAACUAUGCAGGAGCGAAGGUAUUAGAGAAUGCCGCCGAGAUUGGGGAGCCUACAGCAACACUCGACAUCAUCGACCACUUUGUGAGCCGUGGCUCACACUUUAUAGAAUGCCAGCUAUUGGGAGAGGAAGGGCAGACGGUACCUGCAUUCAAGAUCAUAGGUGUAUUUGCAACAUGAUCAUUAUUGUAUCUUCUUCGGAUUAUAUUAUGGGGACAUUUCUUUCAUCUUCAUUGCACGACAGUUGUUAUUGUCAGAUCUGUUAUCCACCACAUUCAGGUAUUUGUGGUUGCGCGCGACGACGCCUUUUGACAGUUUGAUCUGGGGGAACCUGCUGGACCAGGAAAGUCCAACGUUCAACGUGCGGCACUUGACCGGUAAUCUCCUGCCCCAGAUUUUUCACGUCCUCUUCGCAAUGCAAAUCUCCAAAAACUGUAAUGGCACUAUCUCGUACCGGUGAGACGGUUACCUUUACAUAUCAGUUGGCCAUUUAAGUUGUCGAAGUCUGAACGGCGAUACUUCUCGUUUCGAUAUUAACGUUAUAUCAGGUGGCGCAGAUAUUGAGAGCUCCCCAUGAACGUCAG